CGUACAUCUCUGCGACAUGUGUCACUCAGUGAGCAAUUGAGUGUCGGGCUCGCAGUGUUAUGGUGACUAUGGAGGAGCUGAGGGAAAUGGACUGCACUUUGCUGAAGAGGCUGCUCAAGCGAGAGAGUGCGCACGGCAGCAGGAGAAGCAAGCACGUCGGGGUCGGGGGCACUUGCUUGCUGCUGGACUGCAGACCCUUUCUGGCUCACAGCGCCGGUUUCAUUCAGGGCUCGGUAAAUGUCCGCUGUAAUACUAUAGUGAGGCGAAGAGCCAAGGGCUCAGUGAGUCUGGAGCAGAUCCUACCGGCUGGCUGCAAAGAAGGCGAAGAAGAGGUGCUGAGUCGGCUGCGCUCCGGGCUUUACUCGGCCAUUAUCGUAUAUGAUGAGAGGAGCCCCCGGGCUGAUGCGCUACGUGAGGAUAGCACCGUGUUCCUGGUGGUGCAAGCUCUGCGCCGGGACACUGACAGCACUGACAUCUGCCUGCUCAAAGGUAUUGCACUGCCCUCCUUGCGCUACUGUGUCAGGCCAACCUGCAGCUCUGCCUCGGGGGUUGCACUUCAGCUGCUAUUCACUGUGCUGUUUCACAUACUCUUUUAUUCAUCCCUGUGUCUCUCCUUGUUUGUUUAUCACAAAGAAAAUUGCUUGCUGAUUCUUAUUGCAGUAAAAUAAUGCAUACAAAUUCCAAGCACAAGCCCAAAUACAGGCACAGAAUGUAUCAGCUAUUGUUGAAUGGAGACAGACAGACUACAGGAAUAAUCCCUAAUAGUGCUACAGUUUGCCAUCAAAUUGUAAAAAAAAUGGUGUGCUGGCACCUUGCAACCAAGGGGGGCUCACCCCUCCAUCGCCCCCCAUUUCAUUUUUUGGCAAUCUAAUUCUAAGCAAUUAUACAAAAACAAGUUUCAGCGGUUUUAAAGAUAUUUAUGUAAUAUCAGUGUUUAUCCCCUUGUGUGACUCUUGAAACAUUGCAGCAGAAGUUACUUAAUUUCUAGGUCUGUUAUACAUCAUUAUCUGCUACAUUGUUUCAAUCGAAAACAUCCAAAUAAACCAAUGGCAUUUUCAGUUAUUUUUUAUACAUACCUGUAAAGCAAUGGGGCCUUUACAUGUGUAUUGUAAUGUUCCAUAAAUGAAGAUUUCUUUAAUCACAGUUUUUUGGAUACGUUUCCCUUUAAGCACAAAAAUGUAAAACCGUGCAUUGCUUUAGUUUAGAUGUUCCCAUUUUUAUUCAUGUUUGGAAACCGAUUGUAAGCUCUGUAAACUUACUUAGGCCUGUUUGUUUUAUGGAUGGUUGCAGUGUGUUGCACAGUCCUAGAAAAAAAUGUUGGUGCUUUAUAAAGUAAAUCUUGGAUGCAAACGUUUAAAAAAAAAAAUAAACACAACUUGUUCCAGU